UGUGUACGUGGGCUACACUCAGUACAGUCGAGCUGAUGACCUCACUGCUAGAGAGGCUCGCACCACCACUCCCAGCCACCCAAGACCAAAGCCAAGCCGCAGCAGUCAUCCCGACACCAUGGUCGAGGAUCAAACCAACGACAUUCCAAACGCUAGACCGAAUUCCUCUGAUUCCAGCCCGUUGUCCUUGGGUGGGGACUUGGGCGUCGAAUCGCUCGGGAGAAAACAUGGUCCGGCAAAAGAAAAGGACACCAAAUCUGCUGGUCGCUAUUUCGACUGGACGCCAGGAGGUCACGAGACAAAAGACAAGUACACGCCGGCAGGUGAUGCGCAGAUGAGCUCCUCGUCACCCAGCGAUGGCGCGCCGGGCCCAGGUCCGUACACGUACGGAGUCAACUUUGUUGGCAGGAACGUCACCGAACCGGGGUCACGUGGCGGGCACAGGCUUAAGCGAGCAACAGGGUGAGUGUUACCCGGGCUUAAGACAACAACAGGGUAAGUGUUUACACGGGCUUAAGACAGCAACAGGGUGAGUGUUACACAGGAUUAAGACAGCAACAGUGUGAGUGUUACACAGGAUUAAGACAGAAACAGGGUGAGUGUUACAUGGGAUUAAGACAGCAACAGGGUGAGUGUUACACGGGUUUAAGAUAGCAACAGGGUGAGUGUUACACGGGCUUAAGACAGCAACAGGGUGAAUGUUAAAGCAGUUUUUAAAAUGUGUUCGAUCCUCGGGAGUGACGGGAGGGAAUAAAGGGGAUGGGGUGGAUGGGUGAGAAGGUAUGGCGUUCCUUCCCCUGCGUUUAUUUUUAUUUAUUUAGAGAUCAUUUUGGCCAACUACGAAGUUUCUUUUGGUGCGAGGGAAAUAGCAAAAAGUUUUGUCCACACCGGGAGCAACCAACUCUAUAGAUUGACCACUGCCUCGGCACUUCUGCUGCAUCCAGGUUUUCCCAGGGCACCUUUAUUAAAAUUCGAACAAGCACACAGAAAAAUUAUAGGGAUUGUAAUAUAUGUAUAUAUUAAAAGGCUGACAAUUUUUUUUUCCAAACCUCGUGCCACCCCCCCCCCCCAAACAAGGAAGCCUCGGCUUCCCAGGGCGCAUAAUUUUAAAAAUUAUAGGGAUUGUAAUAUAUGUAUAUAUUAAAAGGCUGACAAUUUUUUUUUCCCAACCCCGUGCCACCCCCCCCCCCCAAACAAGGAAGCCUCGGCUUCCCAGGGCGCAUAAUUUGGUAAUUUGCUCCAGUUUGAAUGGAUUGCUCCAGUUUGAAUGGAUUGCUCCAGUUUGAAUGGAUUGCUCCAGUUUGAAUGGAUUGCUCCAGUUUGAAUGGAUUGCUCCAGUUUGGAUUGCUCCAGUUUGAAUGGAUUGCUCCAGUUUGAAUGGAUUGCUCCAGUUUGAAUGGAUUGCUCCAGUUUGAAUGGAUUGCUCUAGUCUUAAUGUACUGCUCAAGUUUUGAAUGGUAGAUAUCUUCUAUUUUUCCCCCUUAGAGUCCAGUAACAAUUUAAAUAUCAGGUUGUUGUCGUCGAAAGACGAUCGAAAAUGUAUUUCUUCAUGACGUUGAUUCUUUUCAUGCUGACAUCAAACACGCCGUAUUAAACAAUAGAUUUAUUUUUUGGGGUUGAAACCACAGCCCAAGACAAUGCACCGCCGAUGUCCAGUGUGCUCCCACGGAGUGUUGCCUGGAGGAUCAACUUGGCGCCAAUCCCCUGGCACUGGUCUGUGUGCCAAGGCAAAAUAACGGUAAGGUCAAUGUCACGGGUAUAUAUAUAUAUAUAUAUAUAUAUAUAUAGACUUGGGACGAUUUGAAGGUCAUGGGCAUACUCACUUGGACUGUCUGAAGGUCAUGGGAAUACAGACUUGGACUGCUUGAAUGUUGAAAGCUCCUACCUUCGUCACAUUUCUAAAUACACGUUUUCACAUUGAACAUAGCUCAAACCAAGCCCUGCAGCAGUGUGUGCCGCCACCAGUGUCAGACGCCACCAGUGUGAGCCGCCACCACACUGUGUGCCGCUGCUGCAGUGUGCCGCGUCCGUUAGGCCAUUCAAAGUGGUCCCAAAAUGAACACACAGAAAUACAUCUGUUCAGAGAUCAUCUUUAAAAAAAAAUCUAAAUUACGAAAGAAAAAUUAUCUAGGCAGAAAUCAAAAGUGCUAUUUAAAUUUAAAGAGAUUUUAAAUUUUAGCUGUUUACAUAAUGCUGUACUUUGACUAGCGUUAGUCAAUGUUGUACUUUGAAUAGCACUACUGUCAAUGCUGUUUUGCUGUACUUUGACUUGCACUACUGUCAAUGCUGUAUUUUAAAUAGCACUACAGUCAAUGCUGCAUUGUACUUUGACUAGCACUACAGUCAAUGCUGUUUUGCUGUACUUUGCACUACUGUCAAUGCUGCACUUUGACUAGCACGACUGUCAAUGCUGUACUUUGACUAGCACUACAGUCAAUGCUGCAUUGUACUUUAAAUUAGAGACCGACCGAAUUUCGGCCUUGGCUUCAGUUUCGGCGCCGAAAGUGGCCAUUUUAUCACUUUCGGCCAAGUUUCGGUUUCGGCCGAAACUGAAAAGUUGACUUUCGGUUUAAUUUCGGUUUCGGCCGAAAGAGAAAAGUUAACUUUCGGUUUUUCUUCGGUUUCAGCCGAAAUUGACUUAGACUUUCGGCCAUCGGCCGAAAGUGACUCAGGUUUUCGGUCAUUUAAUAUUCAGCGAAAAUGAUAUUUAACAACAAACUAAACGACAUUUAAGAACGAAUUAAGAGAUCUUUGAAACAAACUAAACGAUAUUUAACAACAAACUUAGCGAUCUUUAAGAACAAUCUAAGCAAUCUUUAAUAACAAACUAAACGAUCUUAAAGAACAAACUAAACGAUUUUUAUGACCGAACUAAAUGAUCUUUAAGAACAAAACAAAUGAUCUUUAAUAGUAAACUAAAUUAUUUAUAAGAAUAAACCAAGCGAUCUUUAGCAGAAAACUAAAUGUUCUUUAGGAACAAACUAAAAGAUCUUUGAGAAUAAACUAAUCAAUCUUAAGGAACAAAAUCAAUUAUCUUUAAGUUUAAGAACAAACUAAGCGAUCUUUAUGAAAAAACUAAGCGAUCUUUAACAACAAACUAAGCGAUCUUUAUGAACAAACUAAACGAUAUUUAAGAACAAAUAAUGCGAUCUAUUAACAAAAACUGGAUGAUCUUUAACAACAAACUAAGUGAUCUUUAAGAACAAACUAAACGAUCUUUAACAACAAAUUAAGCGAUCUUUAAGAUUAAACUAAGCGAUAUUUUAGAACAAUCUAACGAUCUUUAAGAACAAACUCACCGAUCUUUAAGAACAAACUAACCGAUCAAUAACAACCAACUAAACGAUCUUUAAAAACAAAUUAAGCAAUCCUUAACAACAACAAUUUUUAGAGACCCGGUUUAAAAAAAUAAUAUUUUGCAUUAAUUCCCCCCCCCCCCCUCCAAAUUUUUCCCAAAUUUUUUCCUACCAUACUAAUUUUAAAAAGUUGUAAAGCAAUUUAAAAUACUUUUAUAUUAAAAUGGUAAAAUCCAAAGUAUUCAUUAGAUCAAAGGUCUCAAACUCAAAUCAUCGAGGGGGGGUGUGGGGGGCGCAGGAGGUAGUGCCUGAAUGAGAGUGGGCCGCAAUCAAGUAAUCCACAAAAAAAGCGAUUACAACUGUUAAAAUCUGCUCAACCUUUAUAAAUAACAACGAAAUCAUUAAGGGUUCUCAAAAACUAGGAUUCACUUUAAUCCACCUACUCACUGUUGCAUACAAAAAUACAUAGCAACACUACCAAAAAAAAAAACAGAAUUAGACUAGUCGGUGAGAUUGGACUGAAACCGUCGCGGAAAGUAACGUUAUAGAUAUGAGAAUGGGGGAAACGGGCCGGCGCAUUUACACUAAACUUUUCUGUCAUGUAGUGGGCCGCAAAAUAUCGUCUUGCGGGUCACAAAUGGCUCGCGGGCCGCGAGUUUGAGACCCUUCUAUAUCGAUAUGUAGGAAAAGAAUCACGUGAAAAAAAAGUCACAGGAAAUAAAGUCACAGGAAAAAAGUCACAGGAAAUAAAGUCUCAGGAAAUAAAGUCACAGGAAAAAAGUCACAGGAAAAAAGUCACUAAGUGUAUGUCAAAUAAAUUCCUAAAUGUCAGUGGUUAUGAAAUUAUAUUUGUAAGUCCAUCAACAUGUUUAUUUAGUGGAAAACCAGUCAAUAGAAAAUAGCAGUCAAGCUUAUCGUUAACUUAUUGGGUCGUUGUUUUUUUUUUUAAUUUUCGGAUAGGUAGAUGGAUAGGAUAUAUUGGAUGGAUGAUGGAUGGAUGGAUGAUGGCUGAUGGAUGCGUGAUGGAUGGACGGCACAUAUAUCCAUCAUUAUCCAGAAUCAAAUACUAGGGGAUUAUGAACUUUUUAUAACAUUCCGUUUGGGGCCGGGGGGCCCGGAAUCGUUUGUUUUUUUUCUUCUAUGAGCUUUAUAAAUAAAAUUAACAACAAACACUCCUGCAUAAAUAGAUGGAUCUUGACCAAACUUAGUGACGGGAUCAAAUAGGGAUCCUGCGGCAAACGGGAUCCCAUCGGAGAAAAGGAUCCUUCCGGGAAGCGGGAUCCUAGUGGGAUCGGGAUCCCAUUUGGAAAAGGGUACAAUUUGGAAAGUGGCACCCUACUUGGAAAUGGGAUCCCAUUAGGAUCUCAAUUAUUUCGGAUCCCACAGGGUUGGGAUCCUAAUGACAUCCUUUUUGAGAAAGUGAUCCCAAUCGGGAUCAGGAUCCAAUUAGGGGUGGGAUCCCUGGGUCGGAAUCACAAUGGGGUCAGGAUACCCAUGGGAUUAUUUGAGGGAAAGGGAUCCCAAUCAAAAUUGGUAUCUAAAUGGGGUUAGGAUCCUUGUGGGGUCGGGAUCCCGAUAAGAUAUGGGAUCCCACAACUCUUGUCAGAAUUUAUUUAUGAUAUCUGAUGGCUGAAUGUUUCUGUGACUUUUUUCCUGUGACUUUAUUUCCUGUGAAUUUUUUUCCUAGCAAAAUUUGUGACUUUUUUCCAGUGACUUUUUUUCCGCUCACCUAAUAUUCACGAUUAUCUCAUUUUUUUAUAAAAAGAAUGUAAAUAUUUAUACUUUCCCACAUCAUUUUCGAUGUAUGCAGAAUGUAUGCGGGAACGAAUUUCAAAAUAUCUUAAUAUUUCAUUUUCGGCUUCGGCCGAAAUUCAUUUUUAAAUUUCGUCUUUUUUUCGGUUUUGGCCGAAAGUCAUUUUAAACUUUCGGCCUAUUUUCGGCUUCGGCCGAAAUCAGAAAAUCACUUUCGGUCAGUCUCUACUUUAAAUAGCACUUCAGUCAAUGCUGCAUUGCUUUACUUUGACUAGCACGACUGUCAAUGCUGUUCUUUGACUAGCACGACUGUCAAUGCUGCUCUUUGACUAGCACGACUGUACUUAAGGUUAAUACUGGUUUUACUUUAAAACAAAACACUGAAGUCAUGAAUUUUGUUUCUCACACGUCAUCUUUCACUCCUGUCUACAGUUUGAACAAAAAAUAUUCUAGUUUAAACAGAGACUUAGUGCUUUUUUCAUCUUCUCCGUGCUAUUGUAGUUUCAUGGUUUAUGUGCAAGAACAUCUUUCUUGACUCGACAACUCUACAGGUUACUGCGGCCGGCCCAAGGCGUGUCGCUACACACACAACUGCAAACCGCCGGCCGAGAGAUGCGUCCUGACCAGGGUCAUCUUUCAUCCCAGGUACUGGGGUGUACCCAUCGGGCACUGCGCUACACAGUAACGGACGUACAGACCAUGCUGCCGAAAAAUAAUUUAUUUUGCUUCCUGUUUAAAAAAAAAGAGGCUUUAACAGACAUUAGAUUAGGUGCAUUUUCCUGCAAAGGACAAUCUGUUGUUGGAAAAUGU